AUGCAGGUCCCCCUCAUCCGCCUCCAGUGCGGCGUCAACUCGUACGAAUGGGGCAAAAAGGGCAGCGACUCUGCCGCCGCCAAGUUUGCGGCCGCGACCCCGGCGACCGACUUUUCCGUGCAACAAGACAAGCCCUACGCCGAGCUCUGGAUGGGCACCCACCCGUCCAACCCCUCGCGCGACGUCCAGACCGGCCGCACCCUGCUCGACCUCGUCGCCGAGAACCAGGCGCUGCUCUCGCCGACCGUCGCGGCCCGCUUCGGCGACAAGCUGCCCUUUCUCUUCAAGGUGCUCUCCAUCAACAAGGCGCUCUCCAUCCAGGCGCACCCCAACAAGGCCCUCGCCGAGCGCCUGCACGCCCGCGACGCCAAAAACUACCCCGACGACAACCACAAGCCCGAGAUGGCCAUUGCCAUCACCCCCUUUGAGGGCCUCUGCGGCUUCCGGCCCCUCGCCGAGGUCGCCCACUUUCUGCGCGUCCUGCCCCCGCUGCGCCGCCUCGUCGGCGAGGACGCCGCCGCCCAGUUUGAGGCCUGCGCCGGCGAGCACACCGACGGCGGCCCCGGCGAGGACAAGAAGAAGCAGGCGCUGAAGAAGGCCUUUGCUGGCCUCAUGGGCGCGUCGCAGGAAUCGAUCGCCGCCGAGGUCAAGACGCUCGUCGAGCUGGCGAAGAAGGAUAAGGACCAGUUCGCCGGCGGCGGCGUGCCGUCCACCUCUGGCGCGACGCUGUCGGAGCUUGUCGUGCGUCUCGACAGCCAGUUCCAGGACGACAUUGGCCUGUUUGUGCUCUUCUUCCUCAACUUUAUCAAGAUGGACGUGGGCGAGGCGCUCUUCCUCGUCGCCGACGACAUCCACGCGUACGUCUCGGGCGACAUCAUCGAGUGCAUGGCCGCUUCGGACAAUGUGGUCCGCGCCGGCUUCACGCCCAAGUUCAAGGACGUCGGCACGCUCGUCGACAUGCUCACGUACAACUACGCGCCCAUUGACGAGCAAAAGAUGGUGCCGACCGAGUACCCCUACGCGACGCUCAACCGCGCCGGCUACAGCAGCGGCUCCGCCGUCCUCCUCUACGACCCCCCGAUUGACGAGUUUGCCGUGGUCCGCAGCGUCCUGCGCGGGCCCGACGCCAAGGCCACCUUUGAGCCGCUCGACGGCCCGAGCAUCGUCAUUUGCACAAACGGCACCGGCACCAUCUCGGUCGGCCCCACGACCUAUGAGAUGAAUGAGGGAUACGUGUUUUUUGUCGGCUCCACGGCUGAGCUGGUGCUCGAGUCGACAACGACGGGGGAGGACGAGUUUGUCACGUUCAAGGCAUUCUGCGAGGUGGAAGACGCAAUGAAGUCGUCUAUCGCCGCCGCUCUCGUCUCCCUCAGCGCCGUCUUGGCCUCGCCCACCAGCACCGCCCUGCCCGCCCUACCCGCCGGCGACGGGCUGUACCUCGGGCGCGUCGACGCCUCCGGUACCUUUUCGUGGUUCUUCCACGGCGCCGUCGACCCGUCCACCGUGCCCGCGUCCCCCGACACCAGCACUGCGGCGAAAGAUGCGCGCUGGGACGGCGUCUCGUGCGACGGCUUCAGCGCGGGCCCGCUCGCCGACGUCAACGCCGCCGUGGCCGCCAUCGAGGCCGGCUGCCACGACACGUACUUUCACAGCGCGAUUGCGUUUCAGCGCGGCGCCGCCGUCGCGUACGGGUGCAGCUACGGCGGCGCCGGCGACCGCUGCGAGGGAUACGGCUUGCUCCCCGUCUUUGCCAACAUCGAGGCCGCGUGCGCACCGGGCAACGCGGGCUACUACGACUUGGCGCAGUAUGCGGUGCGCUUCGGCAUUACUAAAGCCGGAAAUGGCUUUUGUUAG